CUAGACAGGCUCAGCAUACCAUUCACCAGCAGUCGACCAACAGCACUCUCUUCCACAGAUUCACGUUCUCUUCGUCAAACACUCUCUUUUGUUUCGUUCCGAUUAUACACACACGCUUUCGUCUUUUGCUCCUUUCCACCUCCCCGCUCGCUAGAACUUCCCCAACCCACCUCCUAGCCAUCACUCCCUGCUCUUGCUAGGUAUACUAGUCGACCAAGCCCACGGCGCGCCUUGAUUUGACUGCUUCGUCUCGCGAUCGAUAGGGAAAGGUUAGACGGCUUGCUCCUUAUAUGCACUCGUACGGUCGAAGAGGAGACCAAGAGCAAGCCUACGCGGACCCCUCCUCCUCUCGCCUUGACGAGCGCAUCGAUAUCAUCACCGGCAUCCGUGACCAGUCGAGUCACAUUCAGGAUCAGCGACAGGAUACCCAGCACAACAACAACAACGCGUCGUCUCCCACCUCUGGAGAAGCAGCGGCACUCGACCGACAAUCGACGGUAGGCUCCAUCGUUGACAAAUAUCUCGAUCGCAAUCACCAACGGUCGCUACAGCGCAAGACGAGCGCACAGAAUCACAGCACCAGCAAGAAGCGAGAGGUCCCCGAGCGCAAGCCGACUUUGGACCUUUUGGCCUCACCCCAACAUAUCCUUGAAGAGGUAGAAGAAGAAGACGACGACGACGUUUAUCACACAAUGGCGCCGUCGAACACGCAGGCGUUCAAGAAGCGCCAGUCGAGCAUCAUGUUUGCAAAGGGCACAAAGAAGGUGGAUGGAUCCGGCACUGGCAAUAGGGACAGAGAUUCGGGGGGCGGAGCCUUUGCCGGCAUGCUCAUGGACGGAGGCGACAGCUCGGAUUCGGACUCGGAUUCGGACAAUGAGCUGGCUUCCAAAAUUCCUCCUGCCGCUGCUUCCGCCACGGCGAGGGGCGGGCAAGGAGAUGAGGUCAACAGGGCCAGCUGGACCUCGAGGGCGGUGGCCGUGGGUGAUCGACCCCCCGACAGCGCGUCACAGAACCCCCCGACGCUCAAGAUGCUCGGUCUCAAGAGCCAGAAGGAGGGUGGUGCACCAUUGGGCCAUGGCAGGCAACCGUCGCCGAGGCAACUUCAUCCUCAGCCGCUCGAGCACGAGUCUCGAAGAACGCAACGCCAGCCUUCAUUUCAUGAUGCACCGGAUGGACGUGUCGUCAGCGGGAGUGAUUACGGCGAGGAUGCCGGUCGUCACGGUAGCUACAUUGACUUUGGCGGUCCAGCGGCCGUUUCGCCCUUUCGUGAUGGUGGCGAUGACGCUCAUCCUCCUUCAAGAGGCUUUCAGCUCGAGGAUCCGCCCGUGAACGACGCUAGGUCACUCCAGGCACCACGGUCACCGAUGCAGGAGCGAGCGCGUAGCCCUCGCACGGCGGCCCUGACGCAAGAGCUCGGCCUCGCCUCACCGUUGCCGCAGGACGACCAGGGUGCGAGGUCGCCGACGCGUGACGAGUACUUUGCUACGCCGCUUCCCCCAGCGAUGGCCAAUCCGCACAGUGCCUCGAUCCCGCUCCAGCGAGGUGGUGAGCAGCCGCCUCGCUCGCCGAUGCACGGUCCAGUUGGUGGCGGCGGCCCUGGUAGGGGUCCACCGUCUCCUCACGGUAUGCGUCCGGAGGGCAGUCAGAGCUAUGAGAGAGGUCCUGGUCCACAAGCAGGUCGACAGCUGGUCCCCAACCCCGGGGACGGCCCUGCACGGCGACCCAGCCAGGCUCCAAUUCCUGUGCCUGCGCCCGCCGUCGUACCCCGUGCCAGCGAAGGCGACGGUCCACCGCCCUACGCAAUGAACAACGCCCGACCAGGUCCACAGGGUGGUCCACCACAAUCUCGAUAUGCGCCCCGCCAGGGACCUGGAUUCUCUGACUCGCCGGGCCCCAACGCUGCUCGGGGCGGCGGUGGUCCUCCUGGACGCCGGCCCAGCAUGCUCCGUCGCAGCAUGGCCUUUUUCUCGGGCAACCAAGGCGCAGGUCCCUCGGCUGGCGGAGGAGCGGGAGGUCCGCAGAGGCGGCCGAGCCAGCAGCGCCGCAGUAUCUUUAGAAAGUCGAUGGCCUUUCUCACUGGAAGACCCAUGCCCCAGCCCGAGCCUGAACCUGAAGAGGAGGACCCCAUGCCCCGCGUACAGGGCUGGGUCACCGAGAAGCCGCAGGCAAGGAAGAGUCACUACUGGGGCGCAGGCGGUAUGGGCGACGAGUGGGACGUCAAUGGAAAUGGCGCCAAGUUCUGGCGACGGUUCAGCGCCGCUCAGAAGCGCGAUGCGAAUGGCAUCGACAAGGCCGCAAGCGAUGCUGUGAUUCAAAAGGCGCAGCGGAGGGCCAAGUGCUUCAAGUGGGGCUCUCUCAUGGGCGGUCUCCUCAUCAUUGCAGCCGUCGUUGGCGUCAUCAUCUGGCGCGAGGCCAUCGUCAACAAUUCCAACAAGCUACCAGGCGCAGUUGACCGUGGAAACAACGGUGGCUCCUACGUCCCUCCCUCGGGCAAGGGCAAUGCUGCCACGGGAGCCACUGGCGGCACUUCUCCACAGCAGAGCUCGACCGACACCAGCACCACAACAGAUUCAGCUUCCGCUGGCACGGCGGCUGAUGGCACAACGAGCAACGCGGCCACAGAUGACACGACCGACGAUACUACUACAACGACCAAGAAGAAGCAUCACCACAAACACCGCAAGACGUCAAAGGGCACGACGAGGAGAGACGAAUUGGUCUCGACUGCGUUGGAUACCAAUGAAGAUCUCUUGUCCCGGCGCGAGGACUUUUCGCAGGGCUUGCGCUCCUCUACGGACGCUCUCACCGCGGGCUCUCACCCGCUCCCAAGACGAUCGCAAUCGUUUGGCAAUGCGGCGCUGGACAUUGUUGUUAGAAGGCAUCAUGGCGAUCAGCUUCGACGCCGCAGGGUUGUGAACCAGAGCCAUGAUGUCCAUCAGGCGGCAGCUGCCAUUGCUGCUGCAGUGUAAAAGUACAGCACAACACUUUCACUCUCUUUUUCGCUCUCCUCUUCCUUUAUUCCUCCCUCUGGCAAAGAGACGCCAUUGUCUUUACCCUCACUUCCCCCUAAUUUGGUCUCUCGUCACUCGGAAGAAGUCUAGUCAAUCACCCUCCAGCACACACACACAACUGCACACUCCUUUGUUCAUACCUUUGUUCAUCUUCACCCGGAACCUUCUUCGGUCUUCAAUGUUAAAACUCUUGCACCCAUUUUUUUUUUACUU